AUGGCAAUGCGCACGCAACAACUCCGCAACUUUCCCUCGCGGCUCCUCCAAUCAGUCAGCCUCUCGAAGCAAUGUUUCCGACCACUCCAUGGAAGAACGGCACGAUUGGUGCCUACACCGACCCCAUUUGUCCCUGAUGUCCAGACUUUCCUCACGUUGAUCGGCCGGGAAAUGUCGAAGCAUGCGAGCAAGAUUCCUUCCUGGGACCAACUUUUCACCUCCAACUCCGACCAACUUCGGGAACUCGGCAUUGAGCCUGCCCGUCAGCGACGAUACCUAAUUCGGAAGCGCGAGAAGUUCCGCAAUGGCUUGUAUGGACCGGGAGGUGAUCUGGAACAGGUUGUGAAUGGCGUCGCCCAAUUGCGGGUGGUGGAAAUCCCGGAUGAGACCAAAAAGUCCUCAGCAGAAUCACAAGCUGCCCAAUCGGUGUCAUCCUCCGCUACUCUGACACCUGGCAUGAAGAAGGCCAUCGUGAACAUGCUGCCCGGUGUCACCGAAUACAAGCACAGCUCGACCGCCCAACUUACAAAGUUCGCCCACAUGAAAAUCCACAGAGGCUCUAAGAUCAUGGGUCCUUUCCUUCAGCCGGUCAAGGGAAGCCAUGGAACCGCUGCUACCAUCACAAUCCAAGAGGGAAUGUGGGAGGACAAGCGGGGACAGAAGGUGGAUGGUGGUGAGCGACGCCGUGUUGAGGUGCGGGCAAAGAGGCGACUGGAGGAAAGAAGGAAAGCGUAA